CACAAUAGUUCUCCUAGUUCAGGAGAACAUAGCUGAAACCACGACCACUCGCUGUCCGUAGAAUGGAAUUUGUGUCUUGUCAUCAUUGGUGUUAUGCAUAUUAAUUUCAAGUAGAAUAUGAGAAUGGUCCCUUCAUUGAACGUUCCUCAAAGAUACGGCCAGAUUUACAGAAAACACUUGCUGAGUAAAGGUGCCUUGGACCUGAGGUACAGAAUACAGAAGCACUCGAAUGGAACUGUGACAUUGCCACUCGUGCCAUCCUCAUUGCCACAGCUGGACCUGUCAUCUCUUCAGUGCAGUGUGGCCCACGGUAGCAGGUGUGAGAUUGUGCAAAUCCAGGCCCAGCCAUCCAAGAAGGGAAAAUCAAAGUAUUGUAGUGAGAAACUUGUUGAGGCUGUACAGGAUCAGCUAUCAUCUCAUGGAGUCAGCUGGAAUGAGGAUCUCAAGAGCGACCUACCUCAAAGCUGGCAGCGCCAUGGAGAUUUGGUUGUUAUCGGAGAAGACUGCUUCACUCUACCUGCCUGGAAAAAUAUAGGAACAGAGUUGUGGUCUACAGUUGCUCAUGGCUUGGGUGCGAAGCGCCUGGCACAAAUUAAACGGAUUUCAAAUGAUGGCUUCAGAACUCCACUAGUGAUCAUGUUGCUGGGAGACAGCAGCCAUGUUACACAUCUUGACAAUAAGAUAAGGUAUGAGUUCGACAUUACAAAGUGUAUGUUCUCAUUUGGGAAUAUCACUGAGAAACUGAGAAUAGCCUCUUUCAACUGCAGUGGAGAAACUGUUGUUGAUCUGUAUGCAGGUAUUGGAUAUUUCACCCUUCCCUACCUGGUGCAUGCAGGUGCUGCUCAUGUCUAUGCAUGUGAGUGGAACCCAGAUGCCGUGAAAGCUCUGAAGAGGAACCUGCAAUUAAACAGAGUGUCAGACCGCUGUACUGUCCACCAGGGAGAUAACAGACAACUCCCCUUGGAGGACCUGGCAGACCGGGUCAAUCUGGGCCUCAUCCCCAGCUCAGAGGAGGGCUGGCCCGUGGCGUGCCGUCUGCUGAGGAGAGACACGGGCGGGGUCCUGCACAUCCACCAGAACGUCAGCUCGGCAGUGCCCAGCACAGACGCCAGGCUUCAACCUGCUCUGCCCGCUGCAGAUGGACACAUCACCACUGAGGGGGAGGACAAGACACAGGUUUCGCUGAACGCUUCCCUGGGCAGCCACAGAGACAGAGAGGCAUGGAGGACCUGGGCAGAGGACACAGCCACUCGGUUUGCUGAACUAUUGAGAGACUUGACUGGACAGGUGUGGAGGACUCAUAUUAUGCACAUUGAGUGUGUGAAGUCCUAUGCCCCACAUAUUCACCAUAUAGUGCUUGAUUUAAAAUGUACACCACUGUGACAAAUGCUUGUUUUUUGUGUGUGUACCUGCACACUCACUAUACAUGUGCGAUAUCUCAAGUAAUUUCAGGGGGCAUAUCUGUAAUUGUAUACUCAUUGUAUACUCAUGUGUAGAACUCAUGGAACUGUAGUUUUACUUAUUGCAAAGGUGAACUCAGGGAUUUCACAGGAAGUCGUGUUUGUUUGUGUUUUUGUUUGUGUUUUUGUUUGUGUUUACAUUCGUCGGCUGACGGUUUUGUGGGGAAAAAAACCCUGUUCAUUAUAUUUUAACCAAGGACCAAACUACACAUACCAGAGAGGUAGCUCAUCCCUACCUUCACUAUUUCCAGAGAAAUUCCAUGCAGGGUUUCGUUUUUGUUUGGGGCAGGCUGCACCCACUUUGUUUCCAGCUUUCAGAGCCUGUGUUGCCUACAGAGACCAUUACAGGGUAAUCAGAGAAUGGGCAGCUAGCCGUCGUGAGGAGAUGAUUGCUGUGUAUGUGACCAAAAUGGUAUGAGCUUGAAAUUUUACGCUUACGCUUGCGCGUAAAAUCCCUGACAGCGCCUCUAAUAUUAAAAUGUGUUGA